GGUUUAAGCUUUAAUGUGGUUGCUUAAGAUGAAGGGUCCUUCUCAUUAUAACCACUCGACGGUCCAAAUUCAAUAACAACUCCACCGACGAAGCUCGCAUCAGUCACAUGGUUUUGACUCUUUAUUGACUCUUAUGCCCCUCAAUAGGCCAAUACCCACCGACGCAGCAGCAAGGGCACAAUCGUCAUUUACCACGCAAAACCACAAGAUCUCAACUACGCCUACCUCCAACGAGAUCCUCUAGCGGGAACAUUGGUCGUCGUAGACUAUUCUAUUCCAUUCCAAUUCAAUCCACGCUCCCAAUUUUCUGCAUUGUUUCGAUCCAUUCAGCUACGCUGUUUCCACACUGUACUAUUACAGGCUGUUACUUCUUUUUCCCCUUUCUGUUGAUUAAUUUGUUAUUUGUUAAUCUGAAACUGAAUUGUUACCGAAGAUAGGCAUUGCCAUUGUUAUUGGUCAUAGUAAAAUUUGGAUUCUGUUUCUCUCUUUGAGGAAGAGGGAACAACCGGCAUUGUAGUUAGCAAAAUGGCAAUGCCUUGAGUUUGGGGGUGGUUUUGUUCCGUACAGAUCCAAGUUUUCCUUUUUUUUUUCCCCCAAACUCUGCGGUGGAGUUUUCAUUUUUCAGCAUUGUGAAGCGCAUUUUGCAGAAUGGGAGAGAAAUCGAAGUCAGGAGGGUGCUGUGGCUGGUUUAUAGCCUUUUUGAUUCUCGCUCUGGUGGUCGGUGCUAUCGUUUACACCGUUAAGAAGAAGAUCGAUCACUCCCAUUCCGAUAAGCCACUUCCGGUACCUGGUCCUCCCGGCGCCAUCGACCAGAAAUAUUCCUCUGCACUCAAAACUUCCAUGCAAUUCUUUGAUAUACAAAAAUCUGGAAAGUUAACUGACAACAAAAUAUCUUGGAGAGGAGAUUCGGCUCUAAAGGAUGGAAGCCAAGCAAAUUUGGAUCUGUCAAAAGGAAUGUAUGAUGCUGGGGAUCACAUGAAGUUUGGGUUUCCAAUGGCUUUUACUGCUACUGUGUUAUCUUGGGCUAUUCUGGAAUAUGGAGAUCAAAUGGAUGCUGUUGGCCAGUUGGAACCGGCCAAAGAUUCCCUCAAGUGGAUCACUGAUUACCUUAUCAAUGCUCAUCCUUCUCCCAAUGUUCUUUAUAUUCAGGUGGGAAAUCCUGUUUCAGAUCACAAAUGUUGGGAUAGGCCUGAAUCCAUGACUGAACCACGGCCUCUCACACAGAUUAAUGCAUCUAGCCCUGGAUCAGAUGUUGCAGCUGAAACUGCAGCAGCAAUGGCCUCGGCAUCUUUGGUCUUCAAAAAGAGUGAUUCUACAUAUUCAAGCACUCUCCUCAAGCAUGCAAAGGAAUUGUUUACUUUUGCAGAUAAAAAUAGAGGAAUAUAUAGCGAGACUAUACCUGAUGUUGCAACAUACUAUAACUCAACUGGAUACGGUGAUGAACUUUUAUGGGCAGCUAGCUGGCUCUAUCAUGCUACGGAUGAUGAUUCUUACCUUAAGUAUGUGACUGGUCAAAAUGGAGAAGAUUAUGCACAAUGGGGAAGUCCAACCUGGUUCAGUUGGGACAACAAGCUUGCUGGAACUCAGGUUUUGUUAUCCAGAUUAAGCUUCUUUAAGGCAAAGGACAUUUCAAGCUCAUACGGUUCUGGCCUACAAAAUUACAGGAAAUCAGCUGAGGCUGUAAUGUGUGGCCUUCUUCCAGAUUCUCCAACAGCCACAAAAAGCAGAACAGACAAGGGCCUCAUAUGGGUUAGUGAGUGGAAUGCUCUGCAGCAUCCUGUUGCUUCUGCAUUCUUGGCUGCUAUUUACAGUGACUACAUGCUUACAUCACAGACCGCAAAACUAAAAUGUGAUUCCAGUUCUUAUAGCCCAUUAGAUCUUCGAGACUUUGCCAAAUCUCAGGCUGACUACGUACUGGGGAAGAACCCUAUGCAUAUGAGUUUUCUAGUGGGAUAUGGAGAUAAAUACCCGCAAUUUGUACAUCACAGGGGUGCUUCGAUCCCUGCUGAUGCAAAAACUGGCUGCAAAGAUGGCUUCCAGUGGCUCGACUCAACUGAUCCUAAUCCCAAUGUUGCUACUGGAGCACUUGUUGGUGGACCAUUCUUGAAUGAGACUUUUAUUGAUUCCAGGAACAAUUCUAUGCAAACAGAACCAAGCACAUAUAACAGUGCUGUAAUAGUUGGCCUGUUAUCAAGUUUAGUCACCACAUCUUCUAUCGCUCAAUCUCUUAAGUAAGCUGUAAUUCCUCGCCAUCCUCAAUUCUACUUAAAAAUGGAUGAAAAAGAUUGGUGCUUAAUGUAGUAUAUUAUAUUUGUAUCACUAUGUUUGUAUGAGUGUAAUCUUGUGGCUUUUGGAUAGGUUAGUCGUUUGUAUAUGUAAAGUUUGAUUUGGCAUUAUUAGCGCAUUAAUUGAGCUUCUUUUUGUAGUGGUGCACGUUUGUAGAACGUAUCUUUAACAUUUUUGUUUCCGAAAAAUCGUAUGGUGAUCACCGUAUAGUGGUGAUCCUUGGUUGCAUUAAA